AUGGUGCAGUCCUAUUCCACCUACGGCUGCAAGAUCCGAUAUAAGGAUAAGCCUGUUUCUUUCCACAAGUUUCCUGAUUCAAGACCCAGUAUUUGUAAAAAAUGGGAGGCAGCUAUCAGAAGAAAAAACUUUAAACCCACCAAGUAUAGCAGUAUUUGUUCAGAACACUUUACUCCAGACUGCUUUAAGAGGGAGUGCAACAACAAGUUGCUGAAAGAGAAUGCAGUGCCCAUGAUAUUUCUCUGUACUGAGCCACAUGACAAGAAGGAAGAUCUUCUGGAGCCACAAGAACAGCUUCCCCUGCCUCCUUUAACACCUCCCAUUUCCCAGGUUGAUGCUGCUAUUGGAUUACUAAUGCCUCCCUUUCAGACCCCUGAUAAUCUCUCGGUUUUAUGUGACCACAACUAUACUGUGGAGGAUACAAUGCACCAGAGAAAAAGGAUUCAUCAGCUAGAACAACAGGUUGAAAAACUCCGAAAGAAGCUUAAGACCACACAGCACUGAUGCAGAAGACAAAAAUGACAACUUGAAAAAUUAAAGGAGGUUGUUCACUUCCAGAAGGAGAAGGACGACAUAUCAGAGAGAGGCUAUGUGAUUCUACCAAAUGACUACUUUGAAAUAGUUGAAGUGCCAGCAUAAAAAAAAUGAUAU